UACGCUAAACCGGUUGUUGAUCACCAACGACGGUUAAAUCCUAAGAUGAAAGAAGUGGUAAGAAAUGAAGUACUAAAGCUUCUGGAGGCAGGUAUAAUUUAUCCUGUUGCUGAUAGUCAGUGGGUAAGUCUUGUCCAUUGUGUCCCUAAGAAGAGAGGUAUUACUGUUGUUCCUAAUGAUAAAGAUGAAUUGGUCCCACAAAGAAUUGUUACAGGUUAUCGAAUGGUAAUUUACUUCUGCAAAUUAAAUAAAGCUACUAGAAAGGAUCAUUACCCUUUACCUUUUAUUGAUCAAAUGCUAGAAAGAUUAUCCAAACAUACACAUUUUUGCUUUCUAGACGGUUAUUCUGGUUUCUCUCAAAUGCCCAUGUCAAAAGAGGAUCAGGAAAAGACCACUUUUACUUGCCCUUUCGGUACCUUUGCUUAUAGAUGCAUGCCUUUUGGUUUAUGUAAUGCACCUGCUACCUUUCAAAGAUGUAUGACUGCUAUAUUCUCUGACUUUUGUGAAAAGAUUGUCGAGAUUUUCAUGGAUGAUUUCUUCGUGUAUGGACCUUCCUUUGAUGAUUGCUUAAGAAACCUUGAUCGAGUUUUGCAGAGAUGUGAAGAAACUAAUCUUGUCUUGAAUUGGGAGAAGUGCCACUUUAUGGUUAAUGAAGGUAUUGUCUUGGGGCAUAAAAUUUCUGAAAGAGGUAUUGAAGUUGAUAAAGCUAAAGUUGAUGCUAUUGAAAAGAUGACGUGUCCUAAGGACAUUAAAGGUAUAAGAAGUUUCCUUGGUCAUGCCGGUUUUUAUAGGAGGUUCAUUAAAGACUUCUCAAAAAUUUCUAGGCCUCUCACUAAUCUCUUACAAAAAGAUGUUCCUUUUGUCUUUGAUGAUGAUUGUGUAGAAGCAUUUGAAAUACUUAAGAAAGCCUUGAUUUCUGCACCUAUUGUUCAGCCACCUGAUUGGAAUUUACCCUUUGAAAUUAUGUGUGAUGCUAGUGAUUAUGUUGUAGGUGCUAUUCUAGGACAAAGAGUUGAUAAGAAAUUAAAUGUUAUCCAAUAUGCUAGUAAAACUCUAGACAGUGCCCACAGAAAUUAUGCUACUACUGAAAAAGAAUUUUUAGCAGUUGUAUUUGCUUGUGAUAAGUUUAGAUCUUAUAUUUUUGAUUCUAAAGUAACUCUUCACACUGAUCAUGCUGCUAUUAAAUACCUUAUGGAAAAGAAAGAUGCUAAACCUAGACUUAUUAGAUGGGUUCUCUUGCUACAAGAAUUUGAUUUGCAUAUUAUUGAUAGGAAGGGAGCUGAGAACCCCGUUGCAGACAACUUGUCUAGGUUAGAAAAUGUUCUUGAUGACCCACUCCCUAUUGAUGAUAGUUUUCCUGAUGAACAAUUAGCUGUCAUAAAUGCUUCUCGUACUGCUCCAUGGUAUGCUGAUUAUGUUAAUUACAUUGUUGCUAAAUUUAUAACACCUAGUUUCACAUACCAGCAAAAGAAAAAGUUUUUCUAUGAUUUAAGACAUUACUUCUGGGAUGACCCACACCUUUAUAAAGAAGGAGUAGAUGGUGUUAUUAGACAUUGUUUACCUGAGCAUGAAUCUAGUGGUCAAGUAGAACUGAGUAAUAGAGAGAUUAAAUUAAUUUUGCAAAAGACUGUUAAUAGAUCUAGAAAGAAUUGGUCCAAUAAACUUGAUGAUGCAUUAUGGGCCUAUAGAACUGCAUAUAAAAAUCCUAUGGGUAUGUCUCCGUAUAAAAUGGUUUAUGCAAAAGCAUGUCACUUACCUCUCGAACUAGAACAUAAGGCAUAUUGGGCCAUUAAAGAGCUCAAUUAUGAUUCCAAACUUGCUGGUGAGAAGAGACUAUUUGACAUUAGCUCACUUGAUGAGUGGAGAACCCAGGCCUAUGAGAAUGCCAAACUGUUUAAAGAAAAAGUUAAAAGAUGGCAUGACAAAAGGAUACAAAAGCGUGAGUUUAAUGUAGGUGAUUAUGUUUUGUUAUACAACUCUCGUUUAAUAUUUUUUGCAGGAAAACUCCUCUCUAAAUGGGAAGGUCCUUACGUUCUUCUGUAUGUAGAUGAUAUUGACUUAACUGGCCUUGGUGUCAUCUUGCCUAAUGGUCCUUUUGCAAUUAAUGUGUGGAAGAAUGAGCUGGCAUUGAAAGUUCUUCGGAUGGACGUCGAGAGGGACAAGCUUUCUUAUGGGAAAUUACCAAAACUCUCUAAAGCUUCUGCUAUCGUGGGUCACUUUUUGUCUGGCAUGGUUGGCCUCCUGGGUGGGCUUGUUAAUGAGUUCAUGUCCUUGGACGACGAAGACAACUCAGGGAUGUCUCGUAUGUUAGAGAGCCAACUUGAGGAUUUAUCUUCUGCUGCCGGGAAGACUGCAAUCAACUGUCCUACAUCCCGCUCGCGUGAAGUAAAAGAAACCAACAAGCAAAAUGUUGAAGGUUUAGAUUAUGAUCAUGAGCAUGAUGAUGGUGGCAGUGAUGGUCACUCUGACGAAGAUCUGGAUUUUCAUGUUCAUUACCAUGGCUCUUCAGGUGGUUUGAUGCUUUCGGUAGCAGCGGACCGAAUGCCCAUAAGACUUCAGCUAGAUAUGAUAGAUACUCAAAAUGAGGUUGUUGUUGAUGCUUCUGUGAAGAGGUGCGGUUCUUCUCUUGUCUGUAACUUGGAUAAGAAAUAUUCCAAGCGUCGCAAGAAAUUACGCCUACCUUCUCUGCCCAUGGCCACUGGUACAACUGUCUCUGACCAGCCGUCAUUGGAUGAUACACAUUGUUGUACCAAGGCAAUGGUCAUCAAUGAGCUUGGCAUUGUAGGCUCUGAUAAGGGCAUUAACUCAGUAAUUGUUGAUCCCACGCAGAAGAAGCAGCAUCCUCGGAAGUGA